AUGAAAGGUGACGAAAUUAAACUUAGUUUGAAACACAGUUUAGAUCUCCCAAUUUCUUCAACCCCCAAGGCUAAAGCAUUGGUGGAUAGGAUGAAGCUUCUAGCCAUGGAAGUGCUGCUUUUCCUAGUGAUUUUGUGUCCUGUGGCCUCAGUUGCUUCGUCGCAGACGAACAGUAUGAAACAAGGUGAUGUGUUGAACUCGUCGGAAUCCACUUUUCUUGUGUCCGCCGACAAGGCUUUCACCUUAGGAUUCUUUACAACGGAGAGGACGCAAAUGAGUUACUUAGCAGUAUGGUUGACCGGAAGCCUUGCGGGUAAAAGGCCGAUAUGGAUAGGCAACAGAGAAGCGCCUCUCCCAGUAAAUUCCUCUCCUAAGCUUCUCAUAGAUGCUUCUGGGAGAUUGAUACUCACGCACAACGAAAGUCAAGGCAGUCCUUACCCGGUUUCAUCGAAGCGAACUAGCCGGAAUGUGUCAGCCACUUUACAGGAUUCCGGCGAGUUGGUACUUCGGGAGAGGAACGCCGAUGGGUCAUGGGGGCAGGAAGUGUGGAGUAGCUUCGAAAACCCCACGGAUACCCUUUUGCUGGGGAUGAAGUUGGGCGUGAACCAUAGAACGGGUCGGAAAUGGAGUGUCACAUCAUGGCUGAACGGGUAUUCGGCGGCCCCGGGGGCGUUUAGUCUGGAAUGGGAACCAAUCAAACGGCGACUGGUUAUCAAGUACCGAGGAGUGGCUCAUUGGAGCAGCGGAGAGCUGAAGAAUACUACACAUUUCCACCACUUAUUCUUCCCCAAACUCCAAUUCCUCAACAUUUCGACCAAAACAGAGGACUAUUUCACCAUUGCACCCAAACCCAACCGAUCUGAUCAUAUUCCUUAUCCUCUAGUGGCUUUGAGACUGGAGCCUGAGGGCUUGGUGUACGACAUCAUCAACGGUAACCUCAUUAUUGACACCCGCAAGUGUUACGGGUACGAGAAUAGAACCCAGGAAUCAAUUGGGUGUGAGGUUUGGGAACAACCGGCGUGCAGGGAUGGUGCGCAAACGUUCGAGGGAAAUUCUGGGUUCUUCUUCAACUCCACCCAAUUAGGAGUCGCAGUGCCUCAAAACUACACAGCCUUGGACUCCACUGAUAGCCCCAGUGACUGCAGAGAGAAAUGCUGGAAGGACUGCGACUGCGUUGGCUAUCUAGCCUACAGUAAAGGGUGUAUGUAUUGGAGGGGAACAUCUUUGCAAUUUCAACAAGACAACACUGGCCUAUCAGCAAAUGUCUAUGUUAUAAACCGUCCAAUUAAGGAAGGAGAUAAAAAUCAUAAAAGUAGUAGCAGUAACUCAACGAAAAAGUGGAAAAGGAUUGUUAUACCAUUGUAAUAAUAGCCACC